UUGAUCUUCUCCUGCAAAGUCAUCAACUUUUUCAGCAUCCAAAUUCUAUCAUGGCUUCAAUGGCAAUGGCCCCUAUGCCUUAUAGUCCUCCGAUGCCUUAUAGUCCUCCUAUGGCUUACAGUCCUCCGAUGCCUUAUGCAGCCCCAGCUUACGCACCUCCGUCUUACGAUGCCCCGUACAACAAUUAUGAAUCUGCCCCGAUGCAGUUGGCUCCUUUAGUCGAUGAUGUUUCCGCCGGAGGAGGUGGUGGAGGUGGUGGUGGUAUAAUCACCAAAUUCUUGGCGCUGCCACUGAUCGUCGUGCUCCCCAUUUUGAUUCCCAUCAUCGUGAUAGUUGUUGUUGUGGCAGGCGGCGGGGGUGGAGGUGGCGGCGGAAACAAACCACUACUUCCCCUUGGUGGAGCAGCAACAACAACCAAUGCAUACAACGAGACUGCUUACUACGAUGAAAGCGGCUAUGGAAAUGAGUAUCAAGAUGACAACUACAACAAUGACGACAACAACUCCAACAGACCUCAUCAAGGCAACAACAACCGCUACCGUCGUCAAACGGAGACCAAGAAGAACAUUCCGGCCACUUCCUCGGCUCUUCCAUCGAUGAGCGUCGCCCAAGUCGAGCGGUUGACCCAGGUCGUCUACGCCGCAUUGAAUUCGCAGGAAUGCAUCCAGCGUCUCCUCUGUGAAGUCGGAUCCUUGUCCCGCUCCUUUUCCGACUCAACUCGUACGGUAACCAAAGCUGUGGAGGAAUACGUUCCAGACAAACUCAAAGACUCCUUCAACAUCUUCGCUAAAGCGGAAAAAUGCGAACAAUUCAAAUGUGGAUCCCUCAAAGUGAAGAAAUAGUUUUUGCCUAUUUAUGCGAUGCCUUUUCUUUCUUAUUUCAAUUUUUUCAUAUUUAAAUUUUGACGAGACUUGAUUGCGUUUUUCAAUUCUUCAACUUGUUCUU